UAAGCCUCAAGCCUUUGAGAUUCUUGAUUACUCGAUAGUGUGUAUAGUGGCUUGUGUGUAGUGUCGUGUGUGUAGACGCUAUAACAAAAUGAAGCCACUGCUAUCAGUGGUGUCGCUGUGCCUUCUGCUGUGCGUACACGCGCUGCCGGAAAACAUCGAAGACGUCAAAGAAUUACCUCAAUCCAAAGAACCAAUAGUGGAAGCAGAAGAAUCGAAGCCUCAAGCGAGAGCCGAAAGGUGCACGACCUGUAGCACACUUAAACUAGGCCUUAAGUCCCCAAAAGAAGUAUUAGCGGCUUUGCAUUCCUUGCCGGGAGCGGAAGUACACACUCAGCAGUCCUUCGAAGGCUGCUCCAGCGAUAAAGGAUGUGCAGGACUGAAGCUCAAGGACGGAAAAGUCAUAGAACGUUUCGGGAACGUAGAAGCCUUCAAAGCCGCAGCUGCCUCCGAUGUGAACAACGAGUUCAACUUCCACGCCGGUUUCGGAAGCGAUUUGUUCAAAAGCGCCAACUCACCAUUCUGGUGGAUGAACCAAGACAGUCCUUUCAAUGGCGGAGCUAACGGUGCUAGCUUUGAGAAAUUCAGCAAAUCCUCAAGUUUCUCCUCCGGUAGUGGAGGUAACGCUGCAUUCACUGGAAUGGACCUAUCAGCUAACCCGUUCUUAAACGGACAGUUUUCCAACCUAGGCCUUGCUGGUGAUGCUAGCUCUGUAAAUCCCUUCCAAUCAUCAACCUUCGAGUCAUCGGCAUUCAGUGCCUCUAGCAAAACCGGUCAGGCUGGACUCCAAGGUUUCGGAGCUCAAAACGCUGCUUCAAACUUCGGAGCUAGUGCCUUCAACUCUGGUUUCGCUGGCAAUAAAUUAUCUGGCUUCAGUGGUUCAAGCCCAGCACCUUUCGGAUCUGGAGCUAACGUCAACCUCAUUCAGAACGCCCAAAAGAACGACUUCGAUUUCGAGCAACAGCAAACUCAACAGAACAUCGACGAAAUCUUCCAAAACGCUGGAAACCUCGGCGUGGACGCGGGGGUUACAGCUGGGGAGUUGCAGCAGACCUGCUCCGGCUUGGGAUACGCAUGCGUGCUGAAAACACAAUGCAACAACGGCGUCGUAAACAUCAACGGAGCGGCUGCGCUACAAGCUAAAACUAAGAAGCAAUACUGCAACCUUGCGACGGAAAUAUGCUGCAGAAUCGAGACCGCUCAAGGAGCCGUUGGAUCUACCGCCGGCCAGGGUUCUGGUCUCUUCGCUGGACAAAUUGGUUCCGUAUCAGGAGGUUACGGCAGUCAGACAACCCAAAGUGGAUUUUCAAACGGAUUUGGUGCUAAAGGCACCUUUGCAACCGGAGCUUCUUUCGGAUCUGGCAUCGGAUCUGCCAACAGAGGCAUCACGGUCGAAUCCACUAAAUUCGGAUCUGGAUAUGGCUCGACUCUCGCACCCACCACAUCCAGAUUUGGAUCCAACGGCUUCAAAUCCACGAGCCAAACGAACUUCAUCGACGCUGAUUCACUAACCGCUGGCAGUGAAGCUGCUGGUGUUUACCGACCUGGUGCUGUCGGAUCUGGUUUGAAACCUGGUAUCCCCUACCUCCCACCCAUUGACGUCACAGGCAGUGGCAGUAAUGUAGUCUCCACAACCGUCUUCCCUACCCCUACCAUAAUCACGACUCCUAGACCAUUCACAACCCCAAAACCGACCUACCUGCCCCCUAUUUCAUCAACCUCAGCCCCAGGUUACUUACCACCUAUCGGAGAACCAACCAACAACAGAGAGACCAUCGUCCCUAAACCCGAUUAUCAAGAUGGUUCUAUAAUCCUGGACGAAAACAGAUUCCCCACAGCUAGACCUACCCCCGUGCCUGUACCGAGUGAAAUCCCCGCUGGAUGUGCCGCCGCCCUAAAGUGUACUGCCGUCGAGUUCUGCACAGCUGAAGGUGUGAUCUCAAACGUUACUGUCUUUUUGACCAGAGAUCAAGAGGCUUACAGAGUACCUCUCACGGAUUGCCGUGACUUGGAGACUGGACGCAUUGGUAAAUGCUGCCGGGAUCCUUACUACACCGACCCCUGGCCUGUGAACCAGCUGGGUAAGUGGGUGCCCGGGGUAUUCGGGGGUAACGACGGUAAAUACGUUCCGGAUAGCAGAGUUAGUCCAAACAAUAUCAGACCCAGUGUCACGGUCCGCCCUCCUGUCACCGGUUCCGUCAUAUCACCAGCCUUCCUGACUAAACCCACGCCUACACCAUUUGGGCCCAACCAAGUUUCUCCUGGUUUUGGCUCCACUGUAACUCCAUUGAAUCAGAGAGGUCAGGGUCAGUUCCCUAUCGGAGGUCAAGGACAAUACAAUAAAGGUGGUCUGGGACAAUUCUCUCAAGGGGGACAGGGGCAAUUCACAUCAGCUGGACAAGGACAACUUGGCAUCAUAGGACAAGGUCAAAUUGGAUCUGGAUCUGCAAUCAACACAGCUUUCGCCCAAGGACAGGUUGCACAAAAGGGACAAGGGUCGUUUGUGUCCCAAGGACAGGGAGUGGUUGCAUCCAGGGGCCAAGGUCAAGUGGUAAACAGAGGUCAAGUUAGCAAGGGACAAGGUUUCUUGGUGAAUCAGGGUGCGGGGGUUGGAAUCAAUAAGCAGCAAGGACAAUUCGUCGGUCAGGGUCAAGGGCAAAUAGUGUCCCAAGGUCAAGGACAACUUGUUUCCCAGGGAGUGGGACAGGGAGUCAGACAAGGAGUCGGGCAAUACGGCCAAGGACAGCUUGGUAUCCAAGGACAAGGUGUCCAGUCGCAAUUUGGUGCUGGACAAAAUGGCUUAGGCGUAGCAGCAAUUGGAGCACAAGGAGUGAACGGUCAGGGACAGUUCGUAAAUCAAGGACAGGGCCAAUUCGUAUCAAAAGGUCAAGGCAGCGCUAUCAAUCAAGGAUUUGGUACUGGCAUCCGUCAGGGAAGCGGCGUGGUUGCGUCUCAAGGAUUCGGGCAGGGAGUGCGACAAGGACAAGGCACGGUUGUGUCGCAAGGAUUCGGUCAGGGAGUCCGUCAAGGACAAGGACUCCUGGUCAAUCAGGGAGAGGGACAAGUAUCUUCGCAAGGACAGGGACAAUUUGUGAGCCAGGGUCAAGGACAACUCCUAAAUCAAGGACAGGGACAAUUUGUGAGCCAGGGUCAAGGACAACUCCUAAAUCAGGGACAGGGACAAUAUGUAUCGCAAGGUGAAGGACAGCUAGUCUCUCAAGGACAGGGUGCUCUUGUGUCCCAGGGUCAAGGACAGCUGGUCUCUCAAGGAGAGGGUGCUCUUGUAUCCCAGGGUCAAGGAUCUCUUGUUUCCCAAGGAUUCGGACAAGCCAUCCGUCCAGGACAAGGCGCUUUCCUGACUAAUGGCCAGGGACAAAUAGUCUCUCAAGGAGGAGGAGCUCUGAUCAAUCAGGGUGAGGGAGCAUACGUCACAAAUGGCUUCGAUCAAAUCCGCCGAGCUCAAGCCCAACUCGUAUCUAAAAAGGAAGGGCAGUUGGUUACGCAAGGGGAAGGAGAGCUUGUUUCACAAGGCCAGGGGCAGAGAGUGUCGCAAGGAUUCGGUCAGGGUGUCCGCCAGGGGCAAGGAUUCUCUGUGACGCAGGGCGGAGGGUAUGGUGUUGAAAACGAGUACGGUGAAUCAGUGCAGAGGGUUUUCCUUCAACAGUACAACGCUGGCGGGCAAUGUGGAGUUCUGAAUGGCCAACGUCCUUUUGGCAACCGCAAUGAAUUGGAAGCCGAUUUCGCUGAGAUACCCUGGCAGGCGAUGGUGCUGUUGCAAACUAACAGAAGCCUGCUGUGUGGAGGAGUCAUCACCAGACCUGAUGUGGUGGUAACCUCAGCCGCCUGUGUUGAAGGCCUGGAUGCCAAGAACGUGCUGAUUAAAGGAGGUGAAUGGAAGCUCGGGAUAGACGACGAGCCUCUGCCGUUCCAGAUCGUCCAGGUCAAGACGAUUCUCCGCCAUCCGCUGUACAAACACAGCAACCUCCACUACGACGCUGCUAUCCUGGUACUCGCUGAGAACUUGAGAUUCGCUAAAAACAUCUAUCCCAUCUGUCUCCCUGACAAGGAUGACAGUUUGGACAAAUACUACAACGGCGUCGGAGAGUGUAUUGUAACGGGAUGGGGCAAGCAAGUUCUCCAAGCUCACCUUCAAGGCAGUAUAAUGCACAGCAUCAACGUCUCGCUCAUCAGCCCAGGUGAAUGCCAAUCCAAAUUAUCAUCAGAAUACCCUCACCUCCUGGACCUGUACGAUGAAGACAGCUGCGUCUGUGGCCAACCUUCGAACCCUCUAAAUAAUAUUUGCAGGGUUGACAUUGGCAGUGCUCUUGCCUGCACGACUGGCGACGGUCAUUACACCUUCCGAGGAGUGUACUCCUGGGAUUCUGGAUGUCAAGUCGGAAACCAAGUGGCUGGUUUCUAUAGAUUCGACCUGGAAUGGUACCAAUGGGCCAUUGGUCUCAUCGAAAGCGUCAGAUUCGCUCAAUACAGUACAGUUACCAAGGUCACCACGGGGAUAUACACUGGUCAAAUAAAGGGUGGAGUGAAGGGCUUCUCUGGAGUCAAAGGAGUCAAGGGUUCGUCAAACUCUGGAUCAUCGAUCAGAGCUGGUGCUGUAGCUUCAGUAUCAUCUGGAGCAGUCUCUUCGGGAUCAUCAGGAGUCAUAAGUGGCCUUAAUAGCUUCAACUUUGGAAAAGGUCAAUUCGGAUUUGGACAAAGUCAAGGCCAGCUGUCUGGUAACCAAGGGCUGGUCAGUCAGGGACAGUUCGCUGGUAAAGUGAACCAGUUCCAGGAAAAAAUAAACAGUGGUAGCUCAAGCCAAGCCGGUUUUGGAGAUGGAUUCAACUUCAGCGAAAUCAAACCGAUCACUAACGGCUUCAGCGCCACCUUCUCCGAGAAGAAAGUCUUCAAGACCGAACCGAAAUUCGUGACAUUCACAACGAAACCAGAGAUCGUGACGUAUACAACUAAACCAGAAAUCUUCACAUUUACAACCAAACCCAAAAUUAUCACUUACACAACCAAACCCAAAAUCAUAACCUACACAACCAAACCCCAGAUCAUCAGAUACGAGACAUCCGGCAGUGGGACCAACCCCCAAUACGUAGCCCCAGGGGUGACCUUCAACCCCUCCUUUUCAGAAUUAGUGGGUAAGCACGAACACACAGCCAAAUGCAAAUGUUUAGAAGGUAAAUGAGAGAAUAUUGGUCCGUAAUUUCCAGUGCCAUACAAUCUAUAUUAAAACAUCCACGACACAGUACAAAAACGAGACAACAGUUCCUAGUUCAGAGAAAAUCAAAAUGGCGACCAAUAACUAUAGUCAACUGUACAUAGGUAGAUAUUCGGUAAAAACUUUAAAACAGGCUCUACCUAAAAUAAUAUUUAUGAUUUUAUUAUUUUUUAUAAUAAUUAGAUUUUUGACCAUAUUGGUCCAAACGACCAACAUGGUCGACCAUCUAAUGUGAAUUGGUUAGUAAAAUAAGUGUAUUUUUAUAUAUAUAUAAAAAAAAACUGAUAUACAGAUUAUGUAAAAAAUAAGUAUUUAGUCAAUAUUUUAUAUAUUGAUAUUUUGUAAUUCUAAUAUUAAGAUUAAAUAAAAAUUACUUUCUUUAUAUAA